GUUUUUCCUCGAGCGGCGAUCGCAACUCGAAGAGUUGGCGCCCGCCGGGGCAUUCCGUGCACGAAAUAGACGUACUCACCAAUGACUAAGGCGUGCCAAGUGUUGCCGGCAGCCGGGCAGCACUGGAAAACUCAUCUGCGGCUUCCCGCGAGAUGAGGCCAGGCAAAACGCGUCCCGUUGCCGUGGCUGAUGAAUUGGGUGAGACCAUGUUGCACUCCCGCGACGAAAAGGGCAAAACUCCCUCCAGAGAGGGUGCUCCCCAAUCGGUGGGCACUUCGAAUCCUGCGCCCGGGUUGGGUGGUCGAGCACAACCCGCAUUGAUUCGGCAUCCGACACGUGAUCCGAGCAAGCUGAGGGUUGGUCGGAGGGCGCUGCCCAACAUGGGUCUGGGAACAGCAAACUCGCAGUGUAAGCUAUCAGAGAGGGGCACCCAUGCAUUGAGCACAAGAACCGCUCCACGCGUCAUGCGGGGGUCAUGCCUCCAGUGAGGCGCCCGCCCAGAGGCCCCCAAAUGGUCCCCCCGGGCAGUGGUCGUUUAGUUCCCCCGGCGCCUACGAUGGCCACCCACGCCGUGAGCCCCGCGACCGGGAUGCUCGCUGCCAACCACUGCUGACGACGGCGCCGCCUACAAGCGACGUCUUGCCGUUGAAGGUGUCCCGGCCAUUCCCCCUGUUGAUUCAGGGGGCCCUCCGUGCAGGGGAGGGGGGACGAUUUGAACGGCAGAAAUUUCUGCGCCAGCCUUGCAAACAGCAGAGGCGACCCAAAGUUUAAGUUUCAAAGUUGGCACGGUAUUGCCGUAGCAGCAAAGGCGACGCAAAAUUUAGUGAUAGUUCCAAGGUGGUGGGACUAGGCACAGCCAAUCCGCUGUGGUCCUAGGGAGGAAAAGUUCAUGCUGCUCGCAUGCUUCGCUGGUGGCCGUCAUUUUGGGGUUGAUGCACUGAAAUGGGCCAGCAUAGGAAUGGGGGCAUUUGUGAUCAAUGCAGUACAGCGACCGUUGCACAACCUCUGAAUAAUGGUUAGACCAAUCCAUAACGCCGGUCCUAGUGUGUCCAGGCACGUAUCUAGCAUUGGUGUGAUAGACGUGGUUAAAGUAGCCUGGAGCUUCGCAUCUCACUCCAAUGCGUGCGCAACGGCGGCCAUGGCCAAGGAUCUCGCAUAUUCUGCAUGGAUGCGUCUCCUCUAUGUGGCCGACCCAGUCAGUGACCCUAAUGCCGCAGAUCGGGCAGGCCACCUCGACAGAAACACGCCACGAUUCGAAGCGGUGUCUGUCACCAACUGUGGGUAGAAGCUUCGAGUACACUUUCGCACCUUUGGUCAACAUCAGCGCGUCAGACAUCCGAAAGCGAGCCAAUUCGAACGACCGUGUAUCGACGCUUUGCAACUGGAGGGCUGACAUCAGAGCUUGCACAUGAUCCGGCCUACCAUGCAGCUCACCUGCCAAACAUGCGGUUUCAAGCUUCGAGAAGCCGAUCGAAGCAAGCUCCUGAUCCGACAUUGCCUGCAAGAUGCUGGGAUCGAUUUUCUGCUCGACUAACGUUGACACCUUAUGCUCCAGCUGCAACGUCGGGCGGGACAUCAACUCAAUGAGACCGGCAACCUGUUUCGGAGGACUGGAUGUGUAUGAGGCCUGGCGCUGCGCGGCAUCAACCACGAUGCUGAAGUGAACCGACUGGAUGACACCGCACAAGCGGAAAUGCACGUCUCGAAAGGAAUCCACAACAUCCUGGGGCUUAAAUGCAACUGCAACCGGCAACAAUUUCGACUCGAUCGUCGCAGUCGCCUCCUUAGUCUGCUUCUCCAACAUGUUGGCCUCCUCAGAGCCCCUGGGGAGUCUCAGCACUGCUCUGUCGAGGUAUUGUGCUUGCUGGCUCAAAUGCCGCAGCCACGUGACCACAUUCUGUACUGCCUGGUACUUCUCGUAUGCUUGGUUGAUGGCAUCGAACAACUUCCCGAUGAUGGGCAGCCCGCUGAUAGUGCCUGACAGCAAGCCUGCAGCAGACGCUGUAACUUUGACAGCAGUAACUGCAAUUUCAGAAGCACCACCAGCCACCACAGAUGGGUCUGCAGCUGCAGCGUCAACUGCAUCCUCUGAGAUGUUGGAAUGAACCUUGGAACCGGAGCAAGCGCCACAACCAAUUGCUGCACAGGGCUCUUCAAGCAGCUCCUUGGGCCAAAAGAGCCAUUUGAGCCAAAAUGGGGCUACGGGGGCCCAUUUGGGCCAUCUUGGGUGCCUCGUGGGCCGUCUUGGGACCCUUUUGGGCCGUCAUGAUGCCCUCUUGGGGGCCUC